AUGGCGACGAUUCAGUACCUUGCUAAGCAUCCUUUUCAAGGUGAUGUUCGUCAAUCACAACUCAGCUUUCCCAAAGGAGCUUUGAUUACCGCCAAACCCAAUCAAAGUGGCGCUUGGUGGUGGGGAUCUUGCAACGGCAAGGAAGGAUGGUUUCCUCCAGCCUAUGUCACCCAACAGCAGCAGCAGCAGGCUGCCUUUCAACAACCGGGAAACAUGCAACAGCGGAUGCAGCAAGCGUCCUUUGCUCCUGCCAAACAACAAAGUAGACCACCUGCAAUGCAACAACAGGGAUAUGCACAGCCGUCACCUGCCAAUUCGACGGGAUACAACCAGGCAUCUCCUGCCUUUGGGCAACGGCCGCAACAGCCGACUGGUUUUGGAGCCCCACAGCAGCAACAACAGCAGCAAAUGGGUUUUGGUGCCCCUGGAAUCCAACAAGGUGGAAUGCAACCAAAACCGGAUCCCUUUGCUGGUAUGCAAGCAGACGAUCCCUUUGCUGGAUUGCCAACAAUGAACUCGGGACAGCCCGCUCCAGCACCCUCAUUGAGUACUCCUACCAAUGCCUUUGGAAGUGCGAAUGCACAAGCUCCAACGCUUCCAUCGCCAAUCAAAGCUGCGUUUUCUUCUCCUGUCACUAGCAACACUGGUGCCCCACCACCCAUCAAAACCGAUAUGUCUACUACCCCAAUGGUGGCAACAACUACUCCACGGGCAGUGAGUCCGACUAGAGGAAGACAAGGCGCUGUAAGUCCAGCUUCAGCACCGAAACAACCGAGCCCAACCAUUGCACAAGUGCCGCCGGCAGUCAAUCCUUCACCUUCGAUGCAACAGCAAAAUACUAAGGCAACUGGUGGUUACGGGCUCUCCAUGAACAAGCCAUUGGUGAUACCGUCUCAAACUGGUGGACCAAGAGCACCGCCAAAAAUUUCGAAGGCCGACCAAGAAGCCCUUCGUCAGCGUGAAAAGGAAAUGGCAAAGCAAAAGGAGAUUAUGCGAAGAGAAAAGCAAGAACUUGCCAAGGAGAAAGAGCAACAGAUUACGAGUGGAAUUGGUUCCAGUGGAGUGUCGUUUGAAAGCUCUGGUGAUUUGUCGACUGCCUAUGGAUACGGUGGUCCAGCGGUGGAGCCACGAUUCAAUCCUUACGAUCAACUCGCAGGAACAACUGGGAAGUUGCCAUCCCGAAAGUUCUCGCCGAUUUUCCGUGUACCUCCCUUUUGGGGUCUCAUGAGCUUGGAUAGCUAUGUUCGACGCUUUGCACCGACCAAGGAGCAAAUGGAAGACCGAGCUGGAGCCUACCAGCAACUGGCCAAGUCGUUGAGUUUUCUCUGCCAUGUGGUUGCCGAAAGUGGUCGCAGUCGAUAUGGUCAACAAAUGAAAUCCUUGAGACAGAACCAUCUUGGCUGUGAAGCAUGCAUCAAGCUCAUGUCGUUGUUGCCUCACUCGGCUGGAGCUUCUGGGAAGGCAUUGGAUGGAAUGUUCCUCAAUUUUAUCAAUGUCUUUGUGCCAUUGAUGGAAAACUUGGAGGCCAACCAGCAGGUGGUUCUUCCUGGAGGAUGGCAAAAGCCAGAUUCCUUUCAUUUGUGUUUGUACAUUGUCCGAAAUUGUGGAAGUGACAAGUUCAGUUUUACGGUCUGCAACACUGGAAAGGAUGGCCUGGAGUACCAUCCGUCGACAUUUGAUUCGGAGACUGGAAAGGAAUUGAAGCAGCUAGCCCUGACUGUUUGGAAUAUUCCAGGAAGAAGAUUGAUGGAUUCUGCGUUUUGGACCAUUCUGUUCCGCAUGCAAAUUUACCCUAGCAAGAGAAACUCGGCCAAGUUCUUGUACACCAAGUUGCUGCCAGCUUUGAACUCGCAACCAUUGCGGUCGAAUUUGGAUCAAGGACCAGCGGACUAUUGGGACAUUCCCGAUCCAAUUGCAGCCUCGACUUGCCACCCAUUGUCAAGACUAGCAUUGUGUACUACGCCGCAGAAUGGAUGCAGAACAUCCAAAUACUCGUCUCUACUGUUGAUGAAUACUGCUGUGGAUUUGGCGUAUUUGGAAAUUGAGCAUGCUCCUGGUUCCUCCAUGGAUCCUGAAGAUACUCGUAUUUUGAAGUUGACUGGAAGAAAUCUUGCCAACUUUGCUUCGACAUUGACUGCUACGAGUGUCGGCGACGGCACACUUGGACCAUCCUUGUCUGGAACUUGGGAGUUGUUGGAUAAGUUGCACCAAAAGAUCAAAUUCACGGCAGCCAAGCCUAUGGAUCAAUACAGCCAUGGGUUGUCAAAAUCUGCUCAAAGUGAUAGCUUUUCGAAGGGACUUAUUCAUUCGAUGCGUGCCGAUGCUGGUUCUGCAGCAUUUCCUCUCUUUGGGCGGCACCGUCGCGAUGACUAUGAAAAUGUUGUCAAGAAACUGAUGGGAGAGCAACGGCCGGAUCCAAUUUUGAUUCCGCCAGUGCUGACAGAUGAUGUAUUACCACCACAAGCAACUGACUUUGGAACAGCAUCUUCCGGACUGCAACGUAUCGCAGAUGCUUGUAGUUUGUUGCUACAACAGCGUCGAUUGAUCAAGAAUGCAGCAGCCUUUGCUGCCUCUGCAGCUCAGCAUGCGAUGACGGUUUUGUUGCCCAUGCCAAAUUCGGAUCCCAAGCACUGUUUCUGGAGAAAGACUGAAAUGAGACGUGAAACGCAGCUGAAUCUUUUGUUCCUGAUUCGUCGUAUUUGUCGAAUCUACUCUGCUUCUACUGCUUGUGUCCAGCAGUCUCGUGGUCUUGUGGCUGUUCGAUCCAUUACUUUUGGAUGUGCAGCUUGUGUUGCCGACGCAAUUUGCCGUGUCAAGGCUUGCGAUGAUCCCAGUACAUUUGCCCUGCACUACUCUGGUCAAUGCGAAGGUCCAACACAGCCAUUUGCUAUCGAGGCUGGAUCAUUCGAUACUUUGGGCUCCAAUCUUCCUAUCUACGAUCCCAAUUUGUGUUCCCUUCGAUUCAGAUGUUUGGAUUACAUGCGGGAGAAUACUUACAACAGAAGUGGUAUGAAACGGGAGACGAUCUUCAACUUUGAUUCCAUCUUGACCCCAAUGGGAGGUGAUAUCACAUUGAUCAACCAGCUAUCGAUCCAACUUGCUCUUGUUCGACCAUAUCCGAUGACAGAUGAGGCGAUGAUCAACCAUUCGGCGAAGCUUAUCUCUGGACGAAAUGGAUCAAUCAUUGAAGUGCUCCCUGAAUUUGAAUACUUCCGAGAUAUUGUUUUCCACUUCAAGCAUGCAGUUUCAGGAAAGGCCCCAGUCGCCGAGCUAAAGGAGAAAGAUGCGCACAAGGCUCGAAAUUGGGUUCCGGCUCAUGCAACGUUGCACUGGAACGUCAAGCAGGAAGCAAAGGAAGACCCAAGAUUGUUUUUCCAAGUAACAGCCUUUGAUCAUCACCCUCAAGAUUUUGUUGAGUUUGUUGCACAAGCACCGAAAUUUGAAAACAAAUACAAGGGAUUCUUGUCGCUUUUCAAGAGUAAGCAAAAGGCAGUUAGAGCCCGUCUUUCGUCUGCAGAUCCUACAACGGUGGUCAAUUCGUGCGGAGACAAGUUCAUUAGCAGCAAAAGAUCGAAGAAUGUGUCCGUACGGACCGAGGAUGAUGUACUACAUCUCGACAACAAAGAGCUACCAACAUUCGGUCAUGUUUUGAAACCUGCAGACGCUGAGAAAUUCAUUCAAUUCUUGACUGUGCCAUAUAUCAGAAUUCCUCUUAUUUUGGACUUCUUUGCCAACGGAGAUCCACAAAGAUUGACAGCACUCAAAGCAAAAUCACUUCAGAUGAUCGUGGAUGCUGCACUUUUUGAGCCCGGUCGAUGGAAACCAGCCGACUUCACAGAUGUGGUCGACCAAAUUCCAAUCAAAGAUUUUGACCGACUAGAAGCCUUGCUCGCGACAGCGCACGGAACUCUCUUCAAUGAGAUCGCAAAAUCUCCCGACGUGCUCAUUGCAAGUAUUGUUAAGAUCUUAGAACGUGCACUUGAUAUGGAUGUUGGAAAGUACACAAAGAAAUCAUCAUCGGGCCCACUUAUCCUCUACGCUAUUCGGCUUGCGGUUCGUGUCGAAGGGUACUUGAAAUAUGCCAUAAAGAGAUGUGUUCCAGGGCAGCCUCGGCCCAGAGGUCUUGAAUCUCUUGACAAGAUUCGAGUUGAUGUCGCAUUGAAAAAGCUCCGUGUCAUUUUGGAUUCGCAAGCGAUUCCAACACUUGAGUACUGGAUUGAUCCAACCAGAAAUAAGGAUGUCGAUAUCAAUUGCCGGGUCCAUGCACAUCUAUUGUACUUGUUCAAGAACUACGACUACGAAGACCUGGAUAAACGCGCUGUUUCCAUCAUCUUGUCGUCUCAGGUGUAUUUGACCAUCAACCUUCGCUUCAGCUCGGCUGUUUAUGACGACUUGCAAGAUACAAGCAAGCCGACACAACCACCGCCUUCAAUUCAAAUCGCCCAGUCCGAGGUUUUCGAUACCAUUCAGAGUCAUAGAUUCAACAUCUUGAAGUUCAUGCGAGAGCACAAGGAAGAUGGAGAUGUCGCCAUCGAAUCUGUUGUGAGAGUAGCAACUGGAAUUGGUAGCCGAGACAAAGAAGACCCCGAGUUCAAGAACCGACACUGGCAAAGCAUUGGGCAUUCCACCUGCUACGGUCGAAUGGUCCCUGACACUGAGGAUAUCAAGCUUCGAGACGGUUCAUAUAGACGACCAAGGCCGAACGAAUCAUAUGAGGACUGGAUGUUACGUGUCACAACCAAGGCAGUUGGUAUAGAAGUGAACGUCCAGCUCAGUGAUUUCACUUUACAGAACCACAAGAUGACUUUGCUAGAUCCUCAUGUCUUGGAAGACCCAGAUUUCAAGUCAGUGCGCUAUUUAGCGAUGGGAAAAGCCACUGAUGCUGCAUGCGCCGAGGUAAUGCAUACCAGCAACCGCUACUGGUGGCGUCUGGUGGGCCGGCGAUAUGAUGUCCAAUCAUGGGCACCAGACCAGAGGAACUAUAAAGAUUUGAAGGGAUUCAUGGACACGAAACAUUCUCGACAAUUCCCGCGGGGUCUUCGGGCUGGUGAGGGGUGGAUGGCUGAUGUACUGAAAGAAAAAGCACCAUUGAUCCUUCCUGGAGCAACUCUAUACAUGGCAAGCAAGGACUUUUCUGAUGAACCUUUCGCUAUGCUGACAGGUUGGAUCGAGAACAAGAAAAAGGAUGAUUCAACGUGUACACAUACGCUGAAGGAAGUUGUUCUUCACCAACACCCGCCCUCGAUUACAGUUUUCAAUGUUGUUGAGCACGGUCGAAGACACUUCCGUGUACUUGAAUAUUCUUCUGAUCUCUCGACAUCUUUGCACGAGGUACAGAAUGGAGAACCAUAUCCUGAUAGAGUCGGUGGUAUUCUUGCGUUGUCCGCUGGCGUGCCGAUGACAACGGUUGAUCCAGCUCCUUCACUGAUCAUUACAAGAGCCUUGAAUUCAGAGUUGGGUACCCAGACGUACAUCCCUGAAAGGUUCAUGGCAGGGCUACUUCCAGCUGCUUUGGUUGAGUCAUAUGUCUUUUGGCAAAGCGAGAACGAUGAUAUCAUCGGCUAUGAAAAGGAGAAGAUAAGAAAUGACGAUGAUGAAGACGACGACGACGAUAAUAAGGCACAAGAGGGCGAAGGCAAUACUUCAUCAACGCGGUUGAAAAUCACACUUUCCAAGGGUCCUGGACUUGAUACCACUGGCUUUUGUAAUACCGACGCAGAGGCCGUCGUCCAGCGUGUACCGGUCUUGAGUUCGAGUCAUUUGACGGAGGAGGUUGACAAAGAUCGACAGACUUACACUCUAUUGAAUGUCAUGUCUGCGCCUCCGUCAUCGCUUCUGAAACGUGUUGGAAUGCUCUUGUCAAAGCUUGACAAUCUUGCCCAUGUGCUUGUUUGGAGCAAACAGAGUGUUACAUCUGCCCAUGCAGCUGCGACAAUUGACUAUAUCGAGCUUCCACGCGUCAAUCUUUCCUUCAAGGCAAGCCAAUUUCAGUACAGUGAUGGACAAACGGAAUACCGUCUCUACAGUAACGAUUAUGAUGGCUUGUACAUUGCUAUUUCCAACGACGCAAGAGAGAUUGCGGACAAGCUUCUCGGAAAUAUUUCUCACUUUAUCGUGCUCCAGAAUGCAGAGAGCGACUUGUUCAUUCUGGUGCCUGGGUGUGCGUUGCCACGACGUUUGAAUACGGAUGGUUCUCGUCUUUCAGUACAAGUGAUUCUGGAUCGGCGGAACCAAGAAUGGAUUGAUAAUAUUGGGGAAGUUCGCUGCUACUUGUAUCCGAUUCACAACUCUAGAUCCUUUUUGGUGACACCCUCUCUUGCAUCGUCGCUGUAUUUGAUGGUGAUGUAUUUUAUCACAGGCGCCUAUCAAGAGGUUUUCAAGAUGGUUGAGUCAUGUGUCAGUGAGGACUUGAGCCCUGAAGAACAACAAAUUUUCAAUCAGUUGGAAUUUCUUGGUAACGACUACCACCCCGAUGCGCAUGCUUGUCGACUGAAACUUUCAAUCGUGACAGUGGGAUUGGGUGAAGAAUCUACAAUGAAUUGUCCUUGGAGCGUCGAAGAAGAAAUGGAGGAAUAUGUGAAGAAGCACACUUACGUUUCGUCUGCAUGUCGUCUGACAACAGAGGAAGAGUUGCUUCUUUUGCAGCUAUGCAAGCCAGAUUCCAGUGGUCGGUUGUCGCUGUCUUUGUUGAACCGAAAGGCAUUUGUAACAGCUGUGGGUAGUCUUGCAGCACUUCCCAAAGGCAAGAAGCUUACUGUGAAGCUCGGUACAGAAAGACCACCCACCUUCGAUAACUUUGACAUGGGACCAGAUUUCACAAUCAUUGAAAAUCCAAAGAAGACACUGAUUUCUGCAAAGGUGUUUGGUGCAGUAUAUAGCAGACCAGAAGAGGACGACGUGGCAUAUGGCGGGCUAAAGGCGCUUGAGUUUAUCAAUAAUGCCAUGGCAAAUGGUGUUGAGAUUGCGUCCCCACGAUACGGUUUUCCACUGAUCUAUGAUUUGCUUACGAACACUGUGGCUUUCAAGGUUCAUCCGAACGAUAGACCACACAAUUGGGGGAGAAUGCUCUUCAGACUCAUACCACCUGCGGACUUCAAGGCGGGGUCUGCAGAAUUGUCCGCACUUCGAAUUCUUGCAGAAAACCCCCAAAUUGCAAACCAUCCAAAGAUUCCGAAGUUCAAUCCCGAUAGUGGAAUGAACAAGCUCAAAGGAAUGUUUGCUGGAAAGGAUGCGGUGACACGGUUGCUUCACGAGCUUCAUCAAUUCUUUGCUGAAGAGGCCAUUCGAAGUUUGAUUCCAAAUUCUACUGUUCUACAAGAAUCAACCCCAAGAACAGCGAUGAUAUUGGCACGGCCUGAUUCAUAUUCCCAACAUCGGUUGUGGGUAGUACCAAGAAUCACAGAUUACUCUUGCUCUAAGUUCUUUUUGGAUAUCAAAAAUUGCGAGGCCGUGAGUAUUCCACAGAAGCAACUCAUGGCAUUUGCAUCAAAACCUUUAGCCCCAAUGAAGCUUGAGAAAUUUGUCAAAUAUCUGUCGAGAAGCGAACUCGGCGAAACAUUGGUUUCUGGCGCAUUGCCUUUUGAUGUCUCUGGGGAUAGGGUGACCCAAACUCACUGUUCACAAGCGACAAUGCAGCGUAUUUCUACGGAUAUGCUGAAGUACUCUCAAAAGACUAACUCUGAAAAGAAACCGAUCUUGAUUGGAUUUUCACCCGCCGAGGUAAACGCUUUCCACAGCAACCCUGCUGCUCUGACAGCUGCUCUUUCUCAGCUUGAUAAGCUAAUCACAGGGCUGAACCAGGCUAUGAGUUUUGAUCGCAAGUCGCUGUGGAACCUGAUGAGCAGAGCCUUGGCUAUUGCAACUAGUGAUGAGAGAAGCGACACCCCAAAAGCUGGAGGUGUGAACGGAGAAAUUGACUUCUUGCGAUUCCGAUUGGGUCAAGUGAGCGAGCGGGAACCUGCUGCAUUUUUCGAACUUCUUGUUGCUUCUAUCUUGUCGACAACUGCAGAGCAUGACAUCAGGUCUUUGAAUCCAUACAUGUCUGCUGUGGCUUACAAGACUGUUACUAGUCUAACAGUUGUUGCGAUGUUAACAUCGAUUCGUAUCGGUCAAACAGAUCGAGCCCUCACAAGCUUGACAAAACUGAUGCUAUUGUUGCGUAGAAUUAAAAAGGCGAAGACUCCAGAGGAUCGAAAUAGGAUCAAUCAAGAAAUCUUUCUACAAUCGUCGAAGGUGGCCACAGACAUUACGAACGAACGUCACUUCAUGAAGGUUGAUCCCUCAAAUCCAAGCUUCAUUGAGUUUGAUCCCAGAUAUCUGGUAUUCGAAUUUACUUAUUCGUUGAUGCUCCGAAAGAGCCAAGUCAUUCUUGUGAACAAGUUCUUGACUUCACUCAGAAACGGACAAUCAAUGUGCCAUCAAAUGAUUAUGGGAGCAGGAAAGACGACGGUGGUGACCCCACUUCUUGCUCUUAUGCUAGCAGAUGGGCAGUCUCUCGUCACUCAAGUUGUUCCACAUGCCCUGCUGGACUUUUCACGAGGAGUGAUGCGUGAGAAGUUUGCUGCUGUUGUUCGAAAGCCCGUCUUCACAUUCCACUUUACAAGAGGAACUCCCAUUACGAAGGAUCUUUACUUGAAGCUCUGCAAGGCAAGAGACAGCCGUGCUGUAAUAUGCGCUACACCGACAAGUAUCAAGUCUUUUAUGCUCAAGUUCGUUGAGAUGAUGAAGGUGUUGGAAGAAGAUAAAUUUGGUAGAGGCGGAAGUCGGCAGCCGGCAAACAAUGGUAUUUUUGGCAAUUUCUCUAUUUCUUCUAUUGCUCGACGUUUCAGGGAUCAAUCUGAAAUCCAGGCACUGGACAUCAACCCCGAAGACGUGUACUACUGCACAGAAAUUCUCAAACUAUUUCGAUCUGGGACCUUGUUGCUCGAUGAGGUUGAUUUGAUUUUGCAUCCAUUGAAAAGUGAGCUGAAUUGGCCAAUUGGGUUGAAGGACCCGAUUGACUAUUCUAGAUCGCAAAUUGGUAUCGGUCUGCGGUGGGACAUGCAAUGGCACCUUCUUGAUGCCAUCUUCUAUUAUUCGAAGAAGAAGAUGUCUGUAGAUUUCAAGGAUAGUAGGGAGGCAAUUUCGAUUUUGGAGAAUGUUGGAUCCGUGAUCCAAAGAGGCAUUGCGGACAAAUUCAUGCAGUAUACUCCUCACUUGGUAUUGUUGAACAAGCCGUUCUAUCAUAGAGAACUGAAGCCUCUUCUGGCAAGAUGGCAACUCCUUUACCUAAGAAACAAGCGUCUCCCCCAUGUGGAAGAUAAGCACCUUCUUUCAUACAUGACAAAUGGACCAUUAAAGGACCGUGCUGCUGCAUCUGCGGUGCAGGUAGCCCUCGACGAUGAAUAUAUGAAAAUGUUGAAUCUGAGCCACGAUUUGCUGAGAAAUUUCAUUCCUCACUGCAUGAGCAAGAUCAAUCGUGUCUCUUUCGGGUUGCUAACUAAGACUGACAUUCGCAACAGUACUGAGAAGAACGUCUCGUUGGCUCGACGACUCGCAGCUGUCCCCUUUAUUGGAAAAGAUAUCCCAAGUAGGGCAAGUCAAUUCUCACAACCAGACAUUGUUAUCGGAUUGACUAUCCUUGCAUACCGAUACGAAGGAUUACGAUUCUCAGAUUUCGAGAAUGUUCUGAAUGAAUUGCGAGAAAAGCUCGAUUCAGAGCUCGGACCAUACCACAAGCGCCCAUCGGCACUCCGAUACAAGGCGUGGGUCGAAGAGGCAGGUGGUAAAGUGCGUGGACCAAGAGAGGGUGAGGAAACUGGAGAUGAAACUAAUGCUGAUGGCGGUUUGAUGGACUUCGGUGCGUAUGCAAGAGCACCAAUGGGACGAGCUGGAGGCCGUGGUGCGGAUGAUAUCUGGCCACUUCACCUUCUUGAUCUCAAAGACGAGAAUCACAUGGGCAUCACCUUCAAUCUGUUGAAAAACAUCCCGCAUGUCCUUCAAUACUACGUCGAUCAGUUUGUCUUCCCCUUAACAAUGGAGCACCAUCAUGAAAAAGUAAGCGCUUCCGGACAGGAUUUGGGGGGCGAGAUGAUGUUUGGUCGGCGACUUGGCUUUAGCGGAACGCCAAGUGAUUUGUUGCCUGAAGAGCUUGGUCAAUGCCAGUAUGACGAGGGUGUAGACGGGCAGAUUUUGAAUUUCCUCACUAGUGAAUCUAUCAUGUCGAGUCGUAUUCUGAAAGUGAACUGGUCUGUGACAAAACUUCUCGACAGCAUUGCAACUGCCCAGCCACCUUUCCAUGCAUUGUUGGACUGUGGGGCACUAAUCACAGGAAUGAGUAACUUCGAUGUUGCGAAAUACUUGCUGAAAAAUGGAUUGCCAGAAAAAUUCGAAGGAGUGGUGUUCUUGGAUCACAAAGACAGGAAGAUGAUUCUAAUGCGAUCAGGCAUGAACGUUGUUCGACUGAACCAAUCAGGUAUCCCACCACAGAAGCGAUUUUCCUUUUAUGAUCAAAUUCAUACAACUGGAAUGGAUAUCCACCAGGGUAUUGAUGCAAGAGCUGUCUUGACGCUCGGAAAAGACAUGACGUUCCGUGACUACGCUCAAGGUGCAUUCCGAAUGCGUGGAAUUGGAAAGGGCCAGACUGUGGAGCUUUUCAUCAUCCCAGAGGUCAUGCGCCUCAUCGAUGAUCAGAUGCAGAAACUCUCGAAACAGCAAGCAACCGCUUUUUCGCAGCAGGCGCCACCACAACCAGCUGCUGGUGGAUACGGCGCGGAUCUGCUGUCAUUGCAAGUUAGCAGUCCGGCAGCAUCGGCAUCACUUGUUCCCGCCGCCAGUGGUCGACAGCUUUUGAUAAAUGUUGCCGCAUGGUUGACAGUCAACGGUAUGAGAAGCGAGAACAUGCAGUUCCGAAUGCUUUGUCAACAGAGCAUUGACAACGUGUCAAGGAAGCGUGCUUAUCACACCUUGACAAGGCACUAUAGAGAACUUACGCAACUUGCUUUCUCCGAGCGUGUGAAGGAAUUCGCCAAUCAAAGUAAGAAAGCGACCGGAGCAGCGAAUCAAGACGACGGGACCAUUGGCUUUGAAGAGUGGUUGCGAGGUUCGAAGCGACUCUUUGCGGAUGAUUUUGAGAAGAUCAAGUCUCUUGUGCUCCCAGAUACUGCUGGUUCUCCGAAGACGCCACCGAUUGGAAUCGAAAAGAUUCAAAAGAUCGUUGAUAUCUUGAGCGAGCGACUGGAUUUCACCAUUCAGAACAGCAUUCCUUUGCCAAUUCCUCUAUCGGACACUCUGAGAAAUAGUGUCAUCGCACGGAAGGACUUCAUUCAAUCCGAAUAUGACAAGGCUGUGGUGGACAAGAUUCUCAUGGUGCUUGUAAACUCAGAAACUUUGGUCAAAUCUCGUUUCGGAGAACCAUCUGUUGCCGAAGCAAACGAGGAAGACCAGGAUGCGAACCUCCAGAAGGAGCAAGUGGCUGAAGAAGAGGUCCUCAAAGAGCAGGAGGAAGAAGAGGAGGAGGAAGAAGAAGAAGAGGAGGAGGAGGAGGAAGAAGAGGUCGUUGAUGAGGCACCAAAGAAGAAAAAGUAUUCACGUGACGGCGAAGAUCCAGAUCCAUGGACGGUAGAGUCUUUGUGUGUACCAUUCAAUCCAGACUUCGGGAAAUGGUUGAAGAAAAACCCGGAGGGGUAUGGAUCGACGUCUUGGCAGAAAUACUUCUAUCCUGCAAGCGAAUUCACAGUGAAGAAUUAUCUUUUCUCGAAGGCCAUCGGCCUUCAGUUUCCAGAGUAUUUGUACAUGUCCAAAAACUACUAUGAGAAAACGUGGAGCACAAAAACUCAUAGGCGUCUUAAGAAUGUGAUCGUAACAAUGGAUUUCUGUCCCUCAAGAUCACUUCUGCAAGAGGUUGCAACCGGCGGAAAAUCGUUCUCCCAAACACAAGAGAAGAUGUUACGCAGGGCAUUUACUGGUCCAGACGGCAAGCAGAAAGGGACGAUAACCAUGUCAGAAUUGAAAGAGGUACUUAGAGCUGUCGAUGUCGAUGUCGACGGUGAGGACGGUGCAAAGUUCUUUGAGAAGAUGCCGGACUUGCAGCAUCGUCCAAUCACGUUUGAAGAUCUCAAGCAACUUCUGCAGCAGCGUCUCUUCAAUCGUGUGCAGGCAGGACGUUACUAUGUUGCAUUAUCAUUGUUUGAAGCAGAAUGUAUGCGUGCAAUCAUGCACCAACAGACAUCACUGCCACUAAUCCCUGGCCGAGAUACUGCUGUAGCCUUGCGAACAGAGAGGACUAUGCUGGAUUCAACGUAUGGCUACCAACCUGCGCAGAGUUUCCAAGAUUCAACUGCGCAGGCAUGCUACCGCUUCAUAGAUAGUUCAAUGAACUAUCAACCAAAGGAAUUGAGUGUUCUAGUGCGAGCCCUGCAAGACAACGACUUGGAGCGACGAUACAACUUCUUUGUGGAAGUGAUGAGUAAUCGUAGAAGAAAACAGAGAGAUCCAUCAACUACAGCCUUGUCCAAGGUGUUCAUUACUGCAGACGAGCAUCACUUGCUCAACUACAAGCUUGCUGCGGGUCGAAUCACUGCAAUGCUGAAGUCAAGAGGAAUGUAUCCAAGAGAUUGCUUCACUGCCAUCGACCAUAAUAGAGAUGGUUUGCUGAACUACGAUGAUCUCAAGCGUGGUUUGACUUGGCUUGGUUUGCCUCUUGACCAGGUAUUACUCCUUGGUUUUAUGAAGGAAUUGGACAAGGACAGAGAUGGGUUCAUCAAUCUUGAAGAAUUCAAGGCGGCUGUUGGAUUUGAAGAUGAUGGCACGAUGGCUCAAAAUGCUGCAGCGUUUAACAAUGGUAUGCCACUGCCACCGAUGCCUACAAAUGACAAGGAAAAGAGGGUUGUAAAGAUUCCAGAAGCAGUUCUUGCAGCCAUCAAGGUGAAAGCCAGAAAAGCAACGAAAUUCAGCUUGGUAUGGAACAGUCAAGGCAGCAUGAGCCGACAAAAGAUCAGCAUUUGGGAACCAUCCGUAGGUGGAGGUGUGCUGAGACAAAACAAGAUUGUGGUCUCGUUGGGUCACUUCUCUGGAAUGGGAUAUGAUAAUCCAAGUCGCGAUGGACAUGAUCGCCUAUGCCUCGAAGUUACAGAUACGACAGGAAGUUGGGUCGGUGGAAGUAGUUGGCUUCCACACGUUCUUGACAGGUACCUACCACAUCCUGCAAGAUUCCGCCUGGCUUGGAGUGUGACUCACGGAAAGAAUCAUUUCUACGCAUGGGAGCCAGUGCCACCAGGCGAAGAGUUUGUGUCGCUGGGCUUCGUUGGAACCAAGAAGGACAAGAUGCCCGAUGUAACGUCAAUGCGUUGCGUCCCACGCGACUGGUGCAAACCUAGUGGAUUUUUGCAAAAGAUUUGGGACGAUGCUGGUUCUGGCGGUCGCCAAGGAAGUAUUUGGGUGUUCAACACAUUAAACUUGGUUGGCUUUGUCAGCGGCAGCGACCCACCAAGGCAAAAGAGUUGGGAUUUGAAGAGUCGGAGAUUCUUCUUGAAAGAAUACAGCGAUACCCGUCAGCAGAAUGUGAAACCAGCUGGUGGUGGUUAUGUGAACCCCAAGUAG